AUAGCGCCGAGCCCCGAGCCCCGGAGCCGGCCGCGCGUCCCGAGAACGCCGGUGCCCGAGGACGCCGACAGCACCAGCCUCCCUUCUCCCCUCCCGUCCCUGCCCGGCCCCGCACUCCUCCCCCUGCUCGCGGCUGUGUGUCAGCACUUGGCUGGAGACUUCUUGAACUUGCAGGGAGAGUGACUUGCGCUCCCCAGCGCCCGUGCCUCUGCCGGCCGGGGAUCCAGCCGGUCGUCCCGAGCCCCGCACCCCGCCGCCGGGCCGACCCGGGACGCUGUUCCCUGCGCGAGGAGGCGACUGUACGGCCGGGAAAGGGGACGGACACCCGGUCCCCGCACCGGGCCCUUCGGACAGAGCUUUUUCCAUGUGGAGGCUCUUUCAAUGGACGUGUCUCCGCGUGCUUCCUAGACGGACUGCGGGCUCCUAAAG